AUGGCGACGGCAGCAGCUCACAAGACAUCACCUCCUGGCACGACGCCCAGUUCUCCGCAACCACCACAUUCCUCGGGCCCAUCGCCGCACCACGAUCUCCGCCAUGUUACCUCCAUCCCUUCCAUGCCCACGGGCGCUGGUAGUAGGAGAACGAGCAGGCUGGUCAGCAGCGGCAGCAUUCCGAGCUCUCCUACGAGCAUACAUUCCGCCGAGUCCAACAUCUUCGAGCGCGAUAUAGAGGCCCCCGUCACCCUUCACCCGCCCGCGCACCACCACCAAUCCUCGCACUCGUCGCCUGCCUCCUCUCCUCCCGGCAUAGCGUCCCCGAGCUGCCCGCAGCAUAACCCGCAUCUGAUACCCCGCGCGCAUAACACCCUCGAGCACUCUGUCCCGUCUGUUCUCGACAGCGCUGCGACCGUCUUGACUGAGCUCUCGCCGCGCGAGGUCGAAGAGAUCAGCGUCGUGACGCCCUCUGUUCAUGCGCCGAGCCCCCAGUCGCGGGGCGCGUCGCCGCGCAUGUCGAUGCUCGGCAUUGGCUCGCCCCCGGGCACCGUUCGCAGUGGUUACACGUCGCCCGCGGCCGCAACUAGCCGCAGCCCUAGUCCGGCGCUUGGUCGCGAAGGGCUCAUGCUGAAUAUCCCCCAGCAACCCCCGCUCAUACGCGAGGACAGCGGGAUCACUCGCAGCUCGCCGACCACCUCUGCAUACUUCAGCACUGCAAGCUCUCCAUCUGUCUCGCCCCGCUCUACGCACGCGGAUCUCGAAGGGGAUGCGGCGCACCAGGGGCACAUACGCGAGGAGACGGUGACGACUCGUGACCGCGGCGCGACCAUCCGCGGCGGCGAGAAGCCCCGCCAGGCGUCGACCUCGACCACCGCGUCCGCCGCCUCGAUCGCCUCGCACACCAUCAACAAGCGCCUGUCGUUCAUCUCGUACAGCGAUCUCCUCGCGAGCACGCCCGCGUCUACCCUGCCUCUCUCCGCCCUGACGUCCAACCUGACCAGCGCGGAUGUGGAAGGCCUGGAGGCCCAGGGUGCGAGCCCAGGCGGCAGCCCUCUCCUGGGCGGCUCUGCGUCAUGGGGCGCCGGGUCCACGUCCGGCUCGCUCGGCGCGGGCUCCGCUGCUGGGUCACGUGCGGCGUCCCUCCGCGGCAACCGCGACUCGACCUACCUGCCGUCGCUCGAGCUCUCCCUCAACGGGAUCGCUGCAGCCGCCGCUGCUUCUCCCAGCCCCGAGUGGGAGCGCGAGGGCCUUGGCCGCGGUCUUGAGGAGCGCCUCCUCGCUUGA